AUGUUGGCUCUUCCAUCAAUCUCCAACACCAACGCGGGAACCGAAUUGUCUCCACAGCAGCAACAAAAUGGUAGCGAAGUUGAUGUCAGUGGGAAGAAAGAAAAACGCAGUGGAAUUCGAGUAGUUGGAAACAGAAUCUAUGAUUCUGCAAAUGGAAAAACUUGCCAUCAAUGUCGCCAGAAAACUAGGGAUUUUGCUGCUGCGUGUAAGAAUCUGAAAAAUGGCAAGCCUUGUGUCAUUAAGCUUUGCCACAAAUGCCUCUUGAACAGAUAUGGGGAGAAAGCAGAAGAGGUAGAUAUGGUGAGUGAUUGGAAAUGUCCGAAGUGCAGAGGCAUUUGCAACUGUAGUUGUUGCAUGAAAAGACGAGGUCAACAACCUACUGGUGCUCUUGUGCAUGUAGCCAAGGCAUCAGGAUUUAAGUCUGUAUCAGACAUGCUUGCAAAAGCUUCUGAAAAUUUGGAGCCUACAAAAGAAGCUACUUUAGAAAAGCAACAAUCUAUUGAUAACUCAGUUCAUGAUAAGGUUCUUAUGAAUAAAGCUGCUUCACCUCUAAAGUCAAUUGUACCAGACAAGGAAUUUUGGAAGGAAAACACUUUAGAUGGAAAUAGUAGUUUAAAGCUUGAGUCUCUGAAGGUUCAGAAGACAUCACCUCAGAAAUCUAAGAAAACAAAGAGGGAAAGAUUAAAGGAAAUAUCAAAUAGCAACAGUGUUGACGAUGCUUGCCAAAUCAAGAGCCUUAAAAUGCCUAAAAUUUGUAAUGAAGUUCUAGAGGAUGAAACAAAAGGAAAUGCAAAUGAUGGCAUUAAAGUUUGCAAUGAAGUUUCUGAAAAGGAAACAAAAGUAGAUCGGAACCGUGAUAUUGUUUAUGCAAACAUGGAUGGUCCCGAGACUUGGGCUGCCAAUGAUUUUUGCCUCAUUCCUAUUCUAAGGGAUGAAAAUAGGUGCAAAAGCAUUAUUGUGAUAGAUGAUGAUGAUGGUGAUGAUGAUAAUGCUGAAGUCAAGUCUCAAACAGCCAUUACUGUUUUUCAUGGAGUAUCUGAAAAGGAAAGGGAAGUAGAUAGGAACCAUGCCGCGGUUCAUGGAAAUGGUCCUGAGGCUUGGUGUGCUAAUGAUUUUUUCUUCGACCCCAAGACUUUGAAUUCAAAUGAUUUUGUCGUCAAUCCUAAUCAACAAGUUCAGAAAAAAAUUUGGAACAACACUGUAGUCAUAGGUGAUAAUGAUAAUGCAGGUGUCAAGUCCCAAAUGGGCAUAGCAAAGUUUCAACAACUCAGGAAAUUUAUUGUGAACUCAGAGAGGGAAAAAGAAAAAGUUCAGGAAGAAAUUCCUUUGCCACCUGGCACUGAGUUAACAGACAUAUUGGACAUUGAGUUUCCACCUGAAGAUGUUGGGAAUGCAUUGCAGUUUUUAGAGUUUUGCAGAGUGUUUGGAAAGGCUCUUGAUGUCAAGAAAGGAGAAGCUGAAGCUAUAUUACGAGAAUUAAUACGUAAGCAAAAUUUGCGCCGAGGACAAAACAACUUGGUAAUUCAGUUUCAAAUUAGAGUGUUGACUCUAAUACUCAUUGAUUCUGGAGAAAAGUCUCCUUCCUUGAGUACUUCCAAUGGGAAGAAUUCAUGGUUGAAAGCACUUGAGGAUUUAAUCACUGAAUCUGAUCUUGUACUGAAAGAAUUUCCAUUAGAUUGGCUUAAGGAAGGCAUUAGCGGAUAUUAUGAUUUGGAUUUGUCUAAAAAGCUUACUCUGCUGAACUUUCUUUGUGAUGAAGCUUUAGGCACUGAGAAACUAAGGAGUUAUAUUGAUGAUCAAAAUUUAAGAUUUGCUGAAGAAAUGAAAGAAGCCAAAUCUAAGGUUGCUGCUGCUAAGGAAAAGGAAAGAGGUGUUAAGAAGAAGUUGCAGGACGAGGUAGCCAAAGCUUUUGUUUCCAAUGGUGCUCCCCUUUCGAUUUCUGAGCAUGAUGCUCUUGUUUCGAAGAUAAAAAGUGAAGCUGCUCAAGCUCAUGCUGAGGUGCUUGAGGCACAGGGAACUAUUCCUAAAAGGAAACAAAGUUCUGAUGCUACAAGAACCGAGCCUGAGUUUUUGGACUGUAAUGGUCAGGCAUUUUGGAAAUUACAAAGUUACAAUGGUGAAUAUGCUGUUUUGUUGCAAGAUAUCAAAAUUCAGGAUGCAGCUGCUACUAAAGUUGAUGAAAGAUGGUUUGUGUAUGGUCCUGAGAAGAAGGAAGAAAUUGAUAAGUACAUUACCUCAAGGUCUAAAAGACCUAAAAGUCACAAGGUUUCUUACAUACUUUCAAAUGAAAGCAGUGAAGCAGAUAUCUAG